UGAACACACAAUCAAUGUUGCUGGAAAAGAUAUUGUUUUUCUUGUGGAUUCUGGUGCGACUGAUUCUGUCAUCAGAGAGUCAGAAUUUGCAGUCCUUCCAAAGAUGAGUGGCAGAUUUGUGAGGACAGUGGGAGUUUCAGGAACGCCCCUGGUGGAAAGGUAUACCACACCAUUGCCAUGCAGUGAAGAAAUUGAGAAACACUUUAAACAUUCAUUCUUGUUAUCUAAACGAUGCCCGAUCAACAUUAUCGGAAGAGAUAUGAUGAUAAGAUUAGGAAUUAUUCUGAUUUCCACUCCCGAAGGCAUCAUUGUAGCCAGAAUUUCUGACACUGCAUCGCAAUAUGUGAAACACAGUAGCAGGGAGCUGAUGUACUCUUAUCAAUGGAAACUGCCUCACACAGCUGCUGGCUCUGUAAAUAACACUCUGAUUGCUGAGGUCAGAGCUCUCUUUCCAGACAACUAUACACGAAUAGACAUCAAGUUGCCACAAGAGUUACACUGCACAUCACAUGUACAUCUUGGGGUUGAUAAACAUUUUGAGGACACAUGGUUCAGGCAAGACAAAGAGAGAAACACACUAAAGCUGACCUGGUUGUACUGGAAUGAUAAAAGAUGCACUGUCUCAGUAGCUUUCAAUGAUCCACUGUGUGAAGCUUUGUUUCAGGUCCCUAACACAUAUCCUCAUGUCCCCCUGGUCAAAGCAAAGCAGGAUACAUGGGAAUGCUUGGGCCCUUGGACCAGGCGUUGUGAGGAAGCUGCUGGCUGGGUAAAGACAUCAGACUCAGGGGUGGAUUUUCACAACCAACUUCAGGUAUUCCGGAAAAGAUUUUCAGCUAUAGCAACAGGGGUAAGAAGCAUUAAGCUCAUUCCAGAUUCAGAGUUUUUAAUGGCCAGUUUGGUAACAUCAGAGGAUGAAAUAAGUCAUGACAGAAACAUUUUUGUGAAAGACGUCUCAGAAAUUCCUGAGUUAAAUCAGGUACCAUCAUGCUUGUGGGCACAACACAAGUAUGAUGUAGGAUUAAUCAAAGAUGCUGAGCCUGUAGUAAUCACACCAAAAUCUUCAUACAGGCCAUGUCAGAACCAGUAUCCUUUGAAGAAGGAAGCUGUUGAUGGUAUUAAACCGGUGUUUGAUUCUCUUUUAAAAGCAGGAGUGAUUAUUCCAUGCGCAAAUUCUCCAGUCCGAACACCUAUUUUCCCCGUACGGAAACUCCGGGACGCCGGAGAGCCACAACAUUGGAGAUUCGUGCAGGACCUGCAGGCGCAUCCCAGUGGAUCCUGACAGCCAGUAUUGGUUUGCGUUCUCUUUUUAAGGUGAAGGAAGCCAUUCCAAAGGCUGCAGAGAGGAAACUGCAUGACUUGGAGCCUGGUGAUUGGAUCGUGGUGAAGGAUUUCAGACGGAAGAACUGGCGGGCUCGCAGGUGGAAUGGUCCCUACCAGAUCUUGCUCACCACUGAAACAGCUGUAAAAGUGGCAGAGAGAGCUACGUGGAUCCACGCCACCCACUGCAAACGAGUACCCGAGCCGGGGCCAGCAGCCAAACACCAGACAAGUGAGAUCGAGAUCAGUGAGUGAACUGAACCUUCCUCCCCUUGUGCAU